AUGAAAAAUUUUAAAAGUACACUCAUUGAAGUAGAAUCAACCAAACGUAAUUUAAAGAAGAUUGCUUUGGCUAUUGCUGCCAAUAAAGCAAUUUGUUUGAGUGGUCCCGUAGGAUCUGGUAAAACUGCAUUAGUUGAACAUAUUUCUGCGGUAACAGGACGAAUUGUUGGAGAUAAUUUAAUUAAAGUACAGUUAGGAGACCAAACUGAUUCUAAAAUGUUGUUGGGCACUUACAGGUGUACUGAUAUACCUGGUGAAUUUAUUUGGCAACCUGGAGUAUUGACUCAAGCAAUCAUGAAUGGAAAUUGGAUACUUUUGGAAGAUAUAAACAGUGCUAGUAUGGAUGUUGUAACUGUUUUAAGUGCGUUACUCGAAAAUAAUGCUUUAUCUGUUCCUGGAUUUCGAGAUUCUAUUCGAAUUGCACCUGGAUUUCAGUUGUUUUUUACUCAAAGAUUAUUGACAAGCAUAUAUGGUUUCCAUAAACAAUCAACACAUUCCACAAUUUUCAUAGAAAAGAAGGUAUUAAAUGUCAAUGUUGAGCCAUUAACUCAAGCUGAAUUAAUUCAGAUAGUACAAACAAAUUUUCCGGCUUUAAAGACAAUCGCCAAUCGUAUUGUAGAUGUGUACUUAGUAUUUUCAUCUGGUAUGCAUCCUCGAAAUAAUCUAAGUGAUUCAACUGGAGAUAUUCAACAAAACUUGGGACGUUUAAUAUCAACACGUGAUUUAAUAAAAUUUUGUGCACGGGCAGUUAUCGAUUUCGAUGUAUCGUCGUCAGAAUCUGCACUUAAAGUAUUUCAAGAUGCAAUCGAUAUAUUCUGUUGUUCACAUUCGUCACCAGAAACACGUCUCACACAAGCCUGUAAAAUAUCAGCACAUUUAGGUAUCGUUCACACUCGUGCCGAGUAUUUUUGUAAUGAGUAUAAACCUCGCGUGAGUUUAGAUCACGGCACAAACUCAAGUAGUAUUAUUACCGGUCGUGUAAAUUUACAAUAUAAACAUGAAAAUGUACAUUUUCAACAAAUAACGGCGAAAUUUUCAUUUACUCGCCCAUCAGCAUGUUUAUUGGAACGUAUUGCAUGUGCUGUGAAAAAUCAAGAACCUGUAUUACUUGUCGGUGAAACAGGGGUUGGAAAAACAUCCGCUAUUCAAUAUAUGGCAAAUGCUUUGCAGCAAAAAUUGAUUGUCAUCAAUAUGAAUCAACAAUCGGAUUCGUCCGAUUUACUUGGCGGCUACAAACCGGUUGAUAUGAAAUUUGUGAUUGCCCCAUUACGAAAUGAAUUUGAAAAAUUAUUUCGAGAAUAUUUCGAUGUGUCUAAAAAUGCAGAAUUUUUACAAAAUAUUUCGAAGUGCUAUAAUUCAAAUUGGUACACAACUUUGUUGAAAUUGAUGACACACAGUCAAAGUGCAGCUGUUACAAAUUUACCGAAAUCAGAUAAAGUUGUUGAGAAAGAACAUUUUUUAGAACGAUGGCUAAAUAUUGGUUUGAAACUGAGUAAAUUAGAGACACAACUCAAAAUACAAAAUACUAUAGCGUUUGCGUUCGUUGAAGGAAGCUUAGUAAGAGCAUUAGAGCGAGGCCAUUGGGUUCUAUUGGAUGAAAUAAAUUUGGCAUCCGCUGAAACGCUAGAAUGUUUAAGUGGCCUCUUGGAAGGAUCAAACGGAUCGAUUAAUUUAUUUGAACGUGGUGAUAGAACGAUGUUAAAACGUCAUGCAAAUUUUACAUUGUUCGCUUGUAUGAAUCCUGCAACAGAUGUCGGUAAAAAAGAAUUGCCUGCUGGGUUACGCAAUAGAUUUACUGAAUUUUUCGUGGAUGAGUUAACAGAUAAAUCAGAUUUAAUCCAAUUAGUGAACACAUAUUUAAAUAAUUUUGCUUUGCCCCAAAACAAAAUUGAAGCAAUUGUUAAAUUUUAUUUAAAAAUUCGUAAACUAGCUGAGAAAACUCUAAACGAUGGUACUGGACAUAAACCACAUUUUAGUUUGCGUACAUUUUGUCGUGCUUUAAGUGUUGCGUCACGUAGCGCUGAUGGUACAGCCUUAUUACGCUCGUUGUAUGAAGCAUUUUGUCUAAGUUUUCUUACUCAAUUAGAUUCAAAAUCACAUCCAAUGGUGGAAGAAUUGAUAUCAAAAGCUAUAUUUGGUGAUGACAAAACAAAAAAAUCAAUUCUCAAACAAGAAAUACCGAAACCAAAGGAUAGUAAUCAAUAUGUACAAUUUGAAGGAUAUUGGAUUACUCAGGGUAGUUUAGAACCCGAAAUUCCUAAUGAUUAUAUUCUUACAAAAAGCGUACGAAAUAAUUUACAUGAUUUAGUUCGCAUUGUGUCCCUUGCGAAACUUCCUGUGUUAUUACAAGGUGAUACAUCAGUAGGAAAAACCAGUUUAAUUACAUAUUUAGCGAAAUCUAGUGGAAAUCGUUGUAUGCGAAUUAAUAAUCAUGAACACACCGAUCUCCAGGAGUAUAUUGGAUCAUAUGUGGCAGAUGAAAAAGGAAAGUUAGUUUUUCGUGAAGGAAUUCUAGUGGAAGCUAUGAGACAAGGUUUCUGGAUUAUUUUGGAUGAAUUAAACUUAGCUCCAUCAGAUGUUUUGGAAGCAUUAAAUCGCGUUUUAGACGAUAAUCGCGAACUUUACAUACCAGAAACACAAGAAACAGUCAAAGCACAUCCAAAUUUUAUGUUAUUUGCUACUCAAAAUCCCCCAGGGUUAUAUGGUGGUCGUAAAAUACUAUCCCGAGCAUUUCGUAAUCGAUUUGUUGAAUUACAUUUUGAUGAUAUACCAUCAAAUGAACUUGAAAUUAUAUUAGAAGAACGAUGUAAAAUUCCAGCAAGUUACAGUCGUAAAGUGAUUAAAAUUAUGAAGGAAUUACAGUUACGUCGGCGUAAUUCUGCUGCAUUUGCAGGAAAACAUGGUUUUAUGACUUUGAGAGAUUUAUUCCGUUGGGGUGAACGAUAUCGUUUAGCCGAUGUCAAUCAAAAAGGUUUCUAUGAUUGGGAUCAACAUUUAGCUGAUGAAGGUUAUUUAUUAUUAGCGGGAAAAGUCCGUAAUGAAAACGAGCGUAAGGAAAUUGCAGAAGUUAUUAAGAAAUGUAUGAAAAAAGAUACUAACGAAAACAAUUUAUUUUCAUUACAUGAAAAUACCUCGUUAGUGACUCGGAAAAUAUUAGAAACGUUUGAAAAACAUGCAGAGAAAUUUACAAAUAUUGUCUGGACAUUUAAUAUGCGUAAAUUAGGAGUAAUGAUUUCGAAAGCUUUACAAUUUAAUGAACCUGUACUGUUGGUUGGAAAUACGGGAGGUGGUAAAACUACCAUUUGUCAAAUAUUAUCAGAAAUUCACCAACAAAAACUAUAUACCAUUAAUUGUCAUUUACAUACAGAAAGUGCGGAUUUUAUUGGGGGAUUGCGUCCGGUACGGGAACGUACUGAUGAUAAAAAUAGAUUAUUUGAAUGGUCGGAUGGUCCAUUAAUCCAGGCCAUGAAAGAAGGUGCUUUGUUUUUAGCUGAUGAAAUCUCGUUAGCUGAUGAUAGUGUUUUGGAACGUUUGAAUUCCUUAUUAGAACCGGAACGUACAUUAUUAAUCGCCGAAAAAGGAACCACUAAUGAUGAUAAUUUAAUAAUUGCACAUAAAAAUUUCUUCUUUGUAUCAACAAUGAAUCCUGGCGGAGAUUUCGGAAAAAAAGAAUUAUCACCAGCAUUAAAAAAUCGUUUUACGGAAAUUUGGUGUGAUACUGUGAAAAUACGGGAGGAUCUAGUAAAAAUCAUUAAUCAAAAUGUUACGAAAGACAUUCAUUUUGGUGUUGAAACUACGGUAGGAGAUAUUAUGAUCGACUUCAUUGAAUAUUUUGAGCAAACAGAUAUUGGGAGACGUAUAACUAUAAGUAUUCGAGAUCUUUUAACUUGGGUACAAUUUAUAAAUAUUUGUGUAUCGAAAAAACAAAUUUCAUUCGCCAAUGCCUACUCACAUGGAGUCCAAUUAAUUUUUUUGGAUGGGUUAGGAUCGGGUGUGACUAGCAAUGAACCUCACUCAAAUUUAUUACGAUUCCACGAUAAAUGUUUAACAUUUGUAAAUGACCAACUGAAUAAAGUCCAUUUAUCAAUCAUUGAUGUAAAUAUUUACCCAAUGAUGUGUACGGUUCGUGAUCAACAAUUCGGUAUUAAACCAUUUUACAUUCCAAUCGGAUCGAUUAAUCGUAAGUCGGGUUUCGGAUUUACCUUUAGUGCUCCUAGUACAAAACAUAAUACGUUGCGCCUACUACGUGCUAUGCAACUGAAUAAAGCUAUACUAUUGGAAGGCAGUCCAGGUGUUGGAAAAACUAGUUUGGUUAAAGCGUUAGCCGAUGCUUCUGGACAUAAUUUAUUGCGGAUUAAUUUAUCUGAUCAAACGGAUGUCAGUGAUCUAUUUGGAAGUGAUUUACCUGUUGAAGGUGGGCAAGGUGGUGAAUUUUGUUGGCGUGAUGGACCAUUUUUACGAGCAUUAAAAAAUGGCGAUUGGAUAUUGUUGGAUGAAUUAAAUUUAGCCUCUCAAAGUGUACUCGAAGGCUUAAAUGCAUGUCUCGAUCAUCGUGGUGAAAUCUAUAUACCAGAAUUAGAUAAAACGUUUCACAUAAAACAUGAAACGCGUUUAUUCGGUUGUCAGAAUCCAUUAAAAGAAGGUGGCAGUCGUAAAGGUCUACCUCAAUCAUUUCUAAAUCGAUUCAUACAGGUAUACAUAUCACCAUUAAAACCAGAAGAUUUGGAGCAUAUUGCAACUCAACAAUAUUCAGAGAUACCUGAGCAUUAUAUACAAAAUAUGAUUAAAUUUAAUGAACGUAUUGUUAAAGAAGUUUCUGAGCUACAUACUUUUGGUACGUCGGGUGGGCCUUGGGAAUUUAAUUUACGUGACAUUCAGCGAUGGUGUACUGGUCUUUUAAAACUAAAAAAUGAUGAGAUUGAAUAUAUCGAUUGUAAAAAAUGGAAAACAAAUGUUAUUUCAAAUGAGGAUCGUGACAGAGCCGAUCUUUUGAUUGAGGAUUUGACAAAGAAACGAUCUCAAGAUAAAGAGGCGAAAAUUCGUGAAGUAAAACGUUUAUUAACAGCAACAACUCCACCAGAGGAGACUAUGGAUGAAGAUACAACUGAACCGGAACAAAUUAAAAGCAGUCCAUCGAAAGAAGAAGUAUUUUUUGACGAACCUGAAGAUAGCUUUUAUGGCUGUGGAAGUGAUAAUACUUUAAAUACAAUAAACACAUCUUCAAUGGUACUAGAAGCAUCGUUUUCAUCAAGUGAUUUAGAACGAAGAAUGCAGCUAAUACUAAAUCCUUCACGGCUUUUAAAAUUAUUAUAUGUUGAUCGCAUGCGUACUGAAGCAGAUAAAGCUGCAAUUAUGACAAUUUAUAAUGAAAUAUUUGGAUCCGAAUUCCCAGCGUCUAUGAAUCCCCCGCUGUUUUACAUAACUAAUGACUAUGUGUAUUUAGGAGAUGUGAAGUAUCGUCGUGUUGCUAAAAUCGCGCAAUCAGAUAAGAAUUUACCGGUAUCCUCGUCAUCUCUUGAUAUGAACAUUUUAAAACAUGACAGAAACUACGAUCAGUUAAUUUUACGUGCUCAAUUUCAUGUGUUAAAAUCGCUAUUAUUGUGUGUGAAAUUUAAUUGGAUGGCAAUUUUGGUUGGACCAACUGGAACGGGAAAAAGUUGUGCAGUGCGAACUUUGGCCACUCUAACUGGUCACGAAUUACAGACAUUAUCAGUGAAUUCGUCAAUGGAUACUACAGAAAUUCUUGGCGGUUUUGAACAGGUGGAUUACAAUCGACAUCUAGAAGAAGUUUCACAAAAAAGUUAUCGUCUUUUGCUGACAGUAAUUCAAGACUGUUUGCUGAAUCACAAGGAUGAUAUUGCAUUCGUAAUUGAUUUAUUUGAACAAUGG